GACUCGAGCCCGCGGCUCGCAGAGGAGCGCUUCGCCUCGCGGCUCCCCUUCGCUGUCACCACCGCCGGCGCCUGCGGUUUCCUUCCCCCGCCCCCGGCGCCCGGUGUGAGUGCGGCGUGCGUGCGAGUGUGUGUCAGGGUAUUCUCUGUGUGUGUGUGUGCGUGUGUGUGUGUGUGUGUGCGCGUGUGCGGGCUCCUGGGCUCCGCUCGCGGCCGCCGCCGGGAAAGGACGGACGGACGGACGGACGGACGGCGCUGCCUCUUGGGUCAGCGGUGCCCGGGCACCUCGGCUCGGGCCGGCCGCCGGCCUCCGGAAGGUCCCGCCGCGUCCCCCACCCGGACCUGGGCUGGAUAUGUUCAUGUUCACGUGAAGAUGGAUUUGGUGUACGGUCUCGUGUGGCUGCUGACAGUCCUCCUGGAGGGGAUCUCCGGCCAGGGAGUGUACGCUCCCCCCACGGUUCGCAUUGUGCACUCAGGCUUGGCCUGUAACAUAGAGGAGGAACGCUACUCUGAAAGAGUCUACACCAUCCGGGAAGGAGAAACGCUGGAAUUGACCUGUCUUGUCACAGGACAUCCCCGUCCACAGAUCAGGUGGACCAAAACAGCAGGAAGUGCCUCUGACAGAUUCCAGGACUCGAGUGUCUUCAAUGAGACUUUGCGGAUUACAAAUAUUCAGCGACACCAAGGAGGCCGGUAUUACUGUAAAGCAGAGAAUGGCUUGGGGUCCCCAGCGAUAAAGUCAAUCCGAGUGGAUGUGUACUAUUUGGAUGACCCAGUAGUAACUGUCCAUCAAAGUAUAGGUGAAGCUAAAGAACAAUUUUACUAUGAGAGAACAGUGUUCCUCCGGUGUGUUGCCAAUUCCAAUCCACCUGUUCGGUACAGCUGGAGACGUGGCCAGGAGGUGUUACUGCAAGGGUCUGAUAAAGGAGUUGAGAUUUAUGAACCCUUCUUUACCCAGGGUGAAACAAAGAUCUUAAAGCUAAAGAAUCUUCGACCUCAGGACUAUGCCAAUUAUAGCUGCAUUGCUUCAGUGAGGAAUGUGUGUAAUAUUCCUGAUAAGAUGGUAUCAUUUAGACUUUCCAAUAAAACAGCAUCUCCGUCAAUUAAACUCUUGGUGGAUGAUCCUAUAGUUGUAAAUCCUGGAGAGGCCAUAACAUUAGUGUGUGUUACAACAGGAGGAGAGCCUGCACCUUCUCUCACCUGGGUUAGGUCCUUUGGGACCCUGCCUGAAAAGAUUGUUUUGAAUGGAGGGACUUUGACCAUACCUGCCAUCACCUCAGAUGAUGCUGGUACUUACAGCUGCAUUGCCAAUAACAACGUGGGGAACCCUGCAAAAAAGUCCACCAACAUCAUUGUGAGAGCAUUAAAAAAAGGACGAUUCUGGAUAACACCAGAUCCUUAUCACAAAGAUGACAACAUCCAGAUUGGGCGUGAGGUGAAAAUAUCUUGCCAAGUAGAAGCUGUUCCUUCUGAGGAGUUGACAUUUAGUUGGUUUAAGAAUGGCCGUCCAUUAAGAAGCUCUGAGCGGAUGGUGAUCACCCAGACUGAUCCUGAUGUUUCCCCCGGAACAACAAACUUGGACAUCAUUGAUUUAAAAUUCACAGAUUUUGGAACAUACACAUGUGUGGCAUCUCUGAAGGGAGGAGGGAUCUCUGAUAUCAGUAUUGAUGUUAAUAUAUCCAGCAGCACAGUUCCACCCAAUCUGACUGUUCCACAGGAAAAAUCACCUUUGGUCACCAGAGAAGGAGAUACAAUAGAACUGCAGUGUCAAGUAACUGGGAAACCUAAACCGAUCAUCCUUUGGUCUAGAGCAGACAAAGAAGUGGCAAUGCCUGAUGGGUCAAUGCAGAUGGAGAGUUACGAUGGAACGCUGAGGAUUGUGAAUGUGACUAGGGAAAUGUCAGGAAUGUACAGAUGCCAGACCAGCCAGUACAACGGAUUUAAUGUGAAACCCCGGGAAGCCCUGGUGCAGCUCAUCGUGCAGUAUCCCCCUGCCGUGGAACCGGCGUUCCUGGAGAUCCGGCAAGGACAGGACCGAAGUGUCACGAUGAGCUGCAGGGUGCUGAGAGCCUAUCCAAUACGGGUACUGACCUAUGAGUGGCGCUUGGGCAAUAAGUUAUUACGGACGGGUCAGUUUGACUCUCAGGAGUACACGGAGUACCCGGUGAAGAGUCUUUCCAAUGAAAACUAUGGGGUUUACAACUGUAGCAUCAUGAAUGAAGCUGGAGCUGGGAGAUGCAGCUUUCUUGUUACAGGAAAGGCAUAUGCUCCAGAAUUCUACUAUGAUACCUACAAUCCAGUGUGGCAGAACAGACACCGUGUUUAUUCCUACAGCCUUCAGUGGACACAAAUGAAUCCCGACGCCGUGGAUCGGAUUGUUGCGUACCGAUUGGGUAUUAGGCAGGCUGGACAGCAGCGAUGGUGGGAACAGGAGAUUAAAAUAAAUGGGAAUAUUCAGAAGGGAGAAUUGAUUACAUAUAACUUGACAGAGCUAAUUAAACCAGAGGCUUAUGAAGUUCGACUGACUCCUCUUACCAAAUUUGGUGAAGGAGAUUCAACAAUUCGUGUGAUCAAAUAUAGUGCUCCUGUAAAUCCUCAUUUGAGGGAAUUUCACUGUGGGUUUGAAGAUGGAAACAUUUGUUUGUUCACGCAAGAUGAUACAGAUAAUUUUGACUGGACAAAACAAAGUACAGCAACAAGAAAUACGAAAUAUACCCCCAACACAGGACCUAAUGCUGACCGUAGUGGCUCCAAAGAAGGUUUUUAUAUGUACAUUGAGACCUCUCGACCCAGACUGGAAGGCGAAAAGGCUCGACUUCUCAGCCCUGUUUUCAGCAUAGCUCCUAAAAACCCGUACGGACCGACCAACACUGCAUACUGUUUCAGCUUCUUUUACCACAUGUAUGGACAACACAUAGGUGUUUUAAAUGUUUAUCUACGAUUGAAAGGGCAGACGACAAUAGAGAAUCCACUGUGGUCUUCCAGUGGGAAUAAAGGACAACGAUGGAAUGAGGCUCAUGUUAAUAUUUAUCCUAUUACUUCAUUUCAGCUCAUUUUCGAAGGUAUUCGAGGUCCUGGAAUAGAAGGAGACAUUGCCAUUGAUGAUGUAUCAAUUGCAGAAGGAGAGUGUGCAAAACAAGACCUAACGACUAAGAAUUCCGUGGAUGGUGCUGUUGGGAUUUUAGUUCAUAUAUGGCUUUUUCCAGUUAUCGUCCUCAUCUCUAUCUUAAGUCCUCGAAGGUGACCUUAUCCUGGCAGAGGCUAUACAAGAUUCACCAGGCACUGGCAUGAAGAAAGAGUCUUUGUAAAUGGACACUGAAAAAACAAACUACCAAAGAUUCCUCCACUGACUACUGACUCAAAAAUAAAAUAAUAAAAACAAAUUUUUUAAGCACUGGGGAUAAAAAGAUGUCAUGGAAGUAUAACUUAUUCCAAACUACAUAUAAAAGAUAAUAUUGACCUGAGUUGAGAAGAGACCUUCAGGUGCUUUUGUGGCUAAAAAGAUUACGGCGUCAUCUGGUUGAACUCUUGGGAAAAAAAGAAGAAGAAGAAGAAGAAAGAAAGAGCUAUAGAAAUCCUUGUCAAAGCACAAAGUCAUGGCUGGUUUUGUUUCAAAUGAAUACUUUGCUUGUUACCAUGGAAACCUAAUGGCCUGCCAACAAAAACCUCACUGUAAACAGGGUACGUGAAGAGCUGGCAUUUAUUUUCCUUUCAAGAAGGUUUUACAUAGAGAAGUAAAUAAAUGUAGGCCCUUUUACCUUUGGCUGUUACCCUUCCUUGCAAAGAACCCGAACUGAGAAUUAUUUAAGGCGUUCAUGUUCCUCCCCACCUUAUUCCCGUCCUACCUUGAUUAUCAUUAUUAUUAUUAAUUAUUAUUUUCCUCCCAUGGCUAAGCUAGAUAACUGUAUGCUGUCUCUUCUUGCAUGCACUGCUCUCCAGGACGGUAAACCUGGGCUUACAUAUUACACAGGCUUAGCGGAGUUUGCUUGCGGCCACUUGAACACCCAAACUACGUCAUCUGUUCAAUGAAGAAACCAAACCACCAUCUUUUAUAAAUUGCCAUGGAAACCAAGUGCCUUCAAUGAAACAAGCCUGAAUAAUUUUCAACUCAGAAGCUUGCACUGCUACGAGUGGUUUGUGUAAAACUAUUUUAUAAACAAACUGCAGAGCCUAAAUGUGCAAACGACAGGCAAGACAACAGAGCCGCUUCUGAAGAAGAAGGGACCGGAGCUGCUGCGUAAGCCCAAGCAGACAAGAUAUUUGUUGUUUAACCUCCUAGACAGCCAUGGCCUUUCGGCAUAUUGUCCAUUAGAGAAUAACUUCCAUUCAGACCAGACAUGGGAGCAACACUUUUUCUUCCAGGUUAUUAAAUGGGUCAACCAGAGCAAAAGGUGAUUAAGAUGAUACUUAGAAGGUGGUAAAACACAAAAGUGAUUUUUUUUUUUUACUCUAACCUCCAUUUGAAAUGAAAUUGGCCCUAGCUUUAGAGGGAACAAGAAAAUGUUUGUGAUUGCAGUGCAUACAAACUGCAGCGGAACUGGGCCUGAGAAAUCCGGCUUUAUUCCAAACACUGAGGGUCAUAUGCCUCUGCCCUUUAGUCAGACUCUGUGCAAAUUGUGAAAUAUUAUUUUAUUAUUUUACCAAGAUUAAAAAACACUUUUACAAAAAAACAAAAACCUGUAAAAAUGAUUUUGAGCUACCUGAGGACAAAUCAUACCUUUAACCAGCCAGUUUUCCAAUGCAUUGUAAAUUUCACUUAAACUUGUUGAUUAUGAAAAUUUGAAGAUCUUUUUCCUUAAAUUAUCUCAGCUUUUAACUUCAUUUAAAAAGACUUUUGUCUAAAGGAGAAUAUUACUAUUAUAUGUUCUUUCAACACCCCAGGAUUAAAAAAAAAAAACUGAUUAUGCAAGUAAUUGGGAUAUAAGCAUUAAAUUAAUUAUAACAUUUGCAAUUAUUAAUAUAAAAA